AUGGCGGGCGCCGUGGGCCGGUUCGUCACGCGGACCUUCGAGGCCAUGCUCAAGGGGUGCGCCGCCAACCGCGGCAAGUUCGCCGUGCUGCAGCAAUCCAUCCAGUCAUACCUCGGUCUUGCCUACAACACUCUGACACUUCCAAUUAACCUAGCGUUUUAA